GCGUUAAAUAUACUCACGCACCCGAUCUUCCAUAUUUAGCUUCUGCUUCAGAUGACUGUGACGUCAUUUUGUGGGAUUAUCAGGCUAGAACAUGUCUACGAAAACUAUCAGGACAUUCUGCAAAAGUAUCAGCUGUCGCUUUCCAUUAUAAUUUAUCUGCCACAUUAUCUGCAUCAGAAGAUGGAAAAUUAAAAAUAUGGGGAUACAACGUUGGAUGUGAUGAUAUUACCAUGGAUAUGGUUUUUGGACGAGCGUGGGUUAUUUCGACUCAUCAGACGAACAAUUUGAUUGCUGUUGGUUACGACGAUGGGGCUGUUCUAUUUCAGUUCGGUAAGGAAGAACCAGUUUUCAGUGUUGAUUCUAACAUGAAAAUUUAUAUGGUUAAUAAAAACACGGUACAAUGUUUUAAUCCGAAAAAAAUAUCUGACCCUUGUUGGCACGAUUCUGAACGCCUUUCAAUUCCAUUUAAAGAUGUAGGAACGUUUGAUUUUAUUCCUUCUGACAUAUUACACAGUCCCAAUGGAAGAUUUGUGACUAUAAUCAAUGAAGAUUCUUUUGUGGUGUAUUCAUCUGUGGGAUUUCGUAGCAAGUGUUUUGGAAAGGGGAUGAUGGGAGGACAAUUUGCUUGGAGUGCAGAUUCUACAAUGUUUGGAAUUGCCAAGUCAUCUGUUACCAUCGUGCUUUAUCGAAAUUUUGAGAAACAGCCAGAAAUUAUGAAACCCCGAUUCGGAGUUGAUGCGAUUUUUGGCGGUCCAUUGCUUGGUGUUAAAUCUACUAAUGGUCUUGCUUUUUAUGACUGGCAAACUCGAGCUCUUAUUAGACUAAUAGAUAUAUCCAUUAAAUCUGUAUAA